AUGGAGGGUCCCGAGGGGGGUCGGGGGGCCCCUGGCCGCGAGUUGCGGCCGCAGCAGCAGCAGCAGCAGCAGCCGCAGCAGCAGCAGCAGCAGCAGCAGCAGCAGCGGCAGCAGCGGCAAGACGGGGGCGCUUUGGUGGCGCUGCUGGUGCUGGGGGUUUUGCUGGCGGUGCCUUCGCUGCUGUCUGCGCUGAGCAGCCCGAGCAGCGCGCCCAGCAGCAGCAGCAGCAGCAGCAGCAGCAGCAGCAGCAGCAGCAGCAGCAGCAGGUGGGGCUGGCUGCUGGAGGCGCAGAACCCGCUGCCGCAGGCCAUCACCCCACACCAAGUCACUGUGCAGUACUGCCCCUCCUGA